AUGAACUCAGAAGAUCUGUGGUCAUUAUCAUGGAAAUGCUUCAAAGCAUUAAACACCAAGAAGGGUCAACCCCGACACACUAUGUGGUUAACAACCCCAUACCCUGAAGAGUGCCAAGACACUAAGGACAUGCCUAAAGCCAGUUAUCAAGGGGACCCCAUUUCGCCUUACCUCUUUGUCAUUCUCAUGGAGUACCUGCUAAGAUGUUUGCAUCAUAUGCAACUAGAUCCGAAGUUCAACCAUCACUCUAAAUGUCAGAAACUGCAGCUUACUAACCUUAUGUUUUCAGAUGAUGUGUUGCUAUUGUCCAGAGGUGAUACUUUGUCAGUGGAGCUUCUACUAACAGCCUUUACCAAGUUUUUGAAUUCCACAGGUGUGCAAACUAACAAGACUAAAAGUAACCUUUACUUUGGAGCUGUUCCUAAUGAUGUGAAAGAUAAUAUCUUUAAUCUGACUGGAUUCAAAGAGGGUGGCCUCCCUUUUAAAUACCUCGGUGUGCCCAUAUCUUGCAAAAAGCUAGCUUCACACCAUUACAUGGACCUUAUAGAGAAGAUUCUGCUUAGAAUUAGGCACUGGACUGCAAAAUUAUUAUCCUAUGCUGGCAGAUUGCAGUUAAUCAAAAGUGUUUCUUUUGCUAUUGUGAAUUACUGGCUGGCUUGUUUCCCUAUCCCAAAAAAUGUUAUCAGCAAGAUUGAUGUUAUAUGUAGGUCUUAUCUUUGGACUGGCAAGGAUAGUAUCAGCUGUAAAAGCCUUAUGGCUUGA